GGAGCCUGCGGCCACCGCGGUGGAAGAAGGAUCCGGAAGAGGUGUCCCGCGUGGCGUCGGGCCGGGUGUCUGGGUCCUUAGGGAGCCCACUCGGAGGCUGGAGCCUCCUCCCGCGCACCCCAUCCUGUUUCAUUCUUCUUCUUGCGCGCUGAUGCGGGGAGGGUGGGAGGCCGGGAGAACCCGGCGCCUGAGGUCGUCCACUGCCCGAGCAGGCAUCAGGAUGGCUGAGAACAGGCCCCCACGACCCCAGGGGACAGCCUUGAUCUACGACAAGGACAUGACCCGGGUCAGGCUGCUCUGGGACGACCCCGAGUGUGGUAUCGAGGUGCCCGAGCGCCUGACGUCUACAUAUGCCCGGCUUUCUCACCGAGGACUGGUGCAGAGGUGUGUGCGGCUACCAGCCCGCGAGGCCACCGAGGAGGAGCUGGAGCUGGUACACAGCCCAGAGUAUGUGGCUGUGGUGAAGGGGACCCAGACCAUGAGCAAAGAGGAGCUGCAGACCCUGGCCCAGCAGUACGACGCUGUCUACUUCCACCCGAGCACAUUCCCCUGUGCACGAAUGGCUGUUGGGGCCACCUUGCAGCUGGUGGAUGCAGUACUGACUGGAGCCGUAGGCAACGGGAUGGCGCUGGUGAGACCUCCCGGACACCACAGCCAGCGAGAUGCAGCCAACGGCUUCUGUGUGUUUAACAACGUGGCCAUUGCGGCUGAGCACGCUAAGAGGAGGCACGGGUUGCAGAGGAUCCUCAUUGUUGACUGGGACAUCCACCAUGGGCAGGGGACCCAGCGUGUCUUUGAAAGCGACCCCAGUGUCCUCUACUUCUCCUGGCACCGAUAUGAGCACCAGAGCUUCUGGCCCCGACUCCGGGAGUCUGAUUACGAUGCGGUGGGCCAGGGCCCUGGCCGCGGCUUCACUGUCAACGUGCCCUGGAAUAAGGUCGGGAUGAGAAAUGCUGAUUACGUGUCUGUCUUCCUGCACGUUCUGCUCCCGUUGGCCAUCGAGUUUGACCCCGAGCUGGUCCUGGUGUCAGCUGGAUUUGACUCUGGCAUUGGGGACCCUGAGGGUCAGAUGAAGGCCACACCCGAAUGCUUCGCACACCUGACACUCCUGCUGCUGCCACUGGCCCGGGGCCGGCUCUGUGCAGUGCUUGAGGGCGGCUAUCACCUGCAGUCUCUGGCUGAAUGUGUGUGUCUGACCCUGCAGACUUUGCUGGGAGACCCUGUGCCUCCUCUAUCCGGGGAUCCAACCCCUUGUUUGAGUGCGCUGGAGUCGAUCCAGAAUGUGAGAGCGGCCCAUGUCCCUCACUGGGCAAGCCUCAGGCAUGAAGAGACAGGCCCAGUCCUGACCCCCAGCACACAGCGUGGGGAUACGGGGGCCUCCCUACUCGGGGCCCAGUCCCUGGGGACCACAGAUAGAGUGGGUUCCCUCUUGGACAAGUUGCUCAGCUGCCCCAUAUCUCUCCCAUACCCUGACAUUGGCCUGGCUGUCCCUGACUCUGCUGCCAGCUUUAACCUGCCCCCAGCUCUCCUGCAGGAGAAGGAUGUGGCUCUUAGCAAGGAGGAGGCAGCGACCUGGGCCAGGCUGGACUCGGCCUUCACGGAGGACCAGGCCUUCGCUGACCUGGGGAAGCUCUUGGCUCUGCUGGACAAGAUCCUGACUGGGCAGAUCAGGGCGGGGAUCGCUGUGUCUCCCUCGGUUUCGGCAGCCUUGGCCGUCGCCCUCCGCAGAGGCCUCAGCUUGGGGGCCCAGAGGUGUGACCCUGACAUUGGUAUCCGUUCUGUGUUCAGCAGGCUACUCUGUGUGGCUAUAGGAGACUUGGACGUUCCUGAGGACCUGAGGGACAAUGGCCAAAUUCUCCUGCUAAACAUCGGAGGAAAGGAGACAGCCCCGACCCCGACAUGCAUCUGCCUGGCUGGGCAUGAGGCCACAGAACCUGGGGCCUUCCUCUUGGCCCUCACCAGCCUCAUCCUUCCAGUAGCUUACAAUUUCCAGCCGGAGCUGGUGCUGGUGGUCCUGGGGCCGGGCUGUAGCCUCCGAAGCCUGGACGUGGAGCUGCUCACCAGGCUGCUCCAGGGGCCAGCGGCGGGGCGGAUGCUGUUGCUGCUGCAGAACUCUGAACUCCCAUUGGUAGAGGCUCUGGCAUGGGCCCUGGCAGGCCGGGCCCUGCCCAGUGCCCUGGGUCCCUUCUUCUCAGCCUCCCCAAAGCAAGCUUUGGCCGUAACCCACCUCUGUCGGCAGCUGCAGCUGGAUUGGCCCAUGUUACAGGUGUCAGUGACCUGAGGCCCCUCCCCACCUUGCCUGGUCCUUGGGCCACAGUGAUGCCCAGGGGCCAGCCAGGACACUGCCCAAGAAUCAUUGCAGAGGCUGAAGGCAGCAGUGCUAGCAGAUGGACCCAAGUGGCAAGCCUUAGAGCAGAAGCAGCACUUCUGCUACCUCCACUACCAUGUGCCUGUGUGACCUUGGGCAAGUCACUUCCCUGGGCUCCAGGCUGCUUACAUUGCCUCCUUUACAGUGUAGGAGCUCUGACCUCCCAGUUCUGAAUGGUCUCAGGGCUUAAUAAAAAUAACCA